GGCAAAAAAAAAUAGAGAUGCAGAGACAAAGCCCCAGGAUUUUGUAUUUCUCAAUUUCCUAACCUAACCGUAGUUUCUACUAUUGCGUUGUUCUCUCUUUCUAUAAACAUUUUUUUUUUAUUUCCUCGGAACGAAUAAUUCUCAAAUGCCUCGUUACAAGGACGAGUCCCCUGCAGUGCGGGUUUACACUGUCUGUGAUGAAUCCAGAUAUUUGAUUGUGAGGAACGUUCCAGAAUUAGGAUGUGGGGAUGAUUUGCUGCAACUUUUUUCAUCCUAUGGAGAAGUCGAGGAGUGUAAGCCCAUGGAUGCAGAAGACUGUGAGAAAUACACUGAUGUCUAUUGGAUCAAAUUCCGCCUUGUCAGCAAUGCUAGGUUUGCAAAAAGAAAAUUGGAUGAUUUUGUUUUCUUCGGGAAUAAACUGCAGGUUUCAUAUGCCCCCCAAUUCGAGAGCCUAUCGGACACACAAGAUAAAUUAGAGGGAAGAAGAAGGGAGGUUUUAGCGCGAUUGAACCCAGCUAGAAGAUCUAAAGAGACCCUAGCCACAAGCUCUAAAGAGACCCCAGCCACAAGCUCUGAUGCUAUGAUUACAUCAAAUGUCAAUAGUGCACAACAUUUAGAUUCUAAUGCUUGGGAUGUAGAAUUCAAAGGAGGUUCACGCAGUAAUUUUCCAACAAGGAUUUCCUCUAAUGAGGAUUAUUUUGCUUCACAGUCCAUGAAUCGAACAGUAAAUUUUGUACGGAAUAAGCUUGAUAAGAUUCGAUCAAGUGGUGAGCAUACAGAAGCUGGAUCUGCGUCCAAGAAACAGCGGGUUGAUAAUAGGAGGAGAAUUUAAUCUGUAAAUUAAGAUGUUCUUUUUUUCUCACCCACUCUGCUUAAAGUCACCGAGCUAUAUGAUUUUGGGUAUAUUAAAGCUUGAUUCCUUAGCCUUUAGUGAAAAUUUUGACAAGUGCAAUUUAAGGACUGUCUCAUCCAAUUAUAUUGUGGGUCAUAUACUCUGUACCAAGAUUUAUUUAUUUUUCAAUGUAAGUAGUACUACAUCUGCUAUC